AGUCAGUUGGCGCCUCGACCCAGCCACAGCAGCAGCAUGGCAGCAGAACCUCUCGCGGGCAUGACCGCCGUCGACUUCGUCGUGCUGGUUGCCCUCCUCGGCGGCUCCCUCGGCAUCGGGGUCUACCACGCCAUCUUCCGCCGACAAAAGUCGACGGCCGACUACCUCGUCGGCGGCCGAAGCAUGCCCCUCAUCCCCACGGCCAUCUCGCUGCUCGCCAGUUAUAUUUCGGCUAUUCUCAUUCUAGGUGUACCUGCGGAGUUCAGCUACCACGGGUCUGCCCUUUGGGAGGGCAUGUACAGCAACAUAAUCGCGUUUCCCUUGAUCGCCUACAUCUUCAUUCCGACCUUUUACAAACUGAAGCUCACCUCUGCUUACGAGUACUUAGAGUUGCGGUUCAACAACUACCUGAUCCGGUUGAUGGCCUCGCUGACCUUCAGCUUGCAAUCCAUGCUGUACCUAGGGGUGGUCGUCUUUGCGCCAUCCAUUGCCCUGAACACCGUUGCAGGAUUCCCGCACUGGGUUUCAAUGGUCGGAAUCGGACUGAUCGGCACCGUUUACACCGCUGUUGGUGGUUUGCGGGCCGUUGUGUGGACAGAUGUUCUGCAAGGCAUUCUAAUGUUGGGUGGUCUCCUGGCCAUCAUCGGUGUUGGGGCCUUGAAGGUUGGCGGUUUGACAGAAGCUUUCAGAAUCAGCGGCGAAAGAGGCCGGCUCGAUUUUUUCAACAUGGACCCUAAUCCCUUUUUGAGGCACACGACCAUGAUUUGCAUGAUCGGCUCAACUUUCAAUACCAUCGCCACCUUCGGCUGCCAGCAGACCGCCGUCCAGAGGUAUUGCAGCACGUCUAGCUUGAAGAGCGCAAUUUGGACUUUACUGCUGAACAUUCCCCUGCUGACAUUCAUGGUCAGCUUGGGUUGGAUCGCGGGCGCGGUGGUUUUCGCCGUUUACGCCAACUGCGAUCCAGUCCUCACCGGACACAUCAAGGACAAGGACGCCAUCGUACCGUAUUUUGUUCUGCGCUACUUUGCUGAUACCCCUGGACUGUUGGGACUUUUCGUCGCCAGUCUCGUAAGCGGAGCCUUGAGCUCCGUUUCGUCUCUGCUGAACUCUAUUUCUGCCGUGGUUUGGCAGGACAUUUUCAGCCAGUUCACCUACUUCAGCCAAAAAGAUGAACAGUCUCAGUUGAACAUUACUAAAUCUCUUGGUUUCGUUUUUGGUUUUCUGAUGAUCGGUCUUGGCUUUUUGGUCAGCAACAUAUCCGGGCUCAUUCAAACAACCUUCACUGUGGUCGGUGCAGUUCAGGGCCCUCUGCUCGGCGUUUUUCUUCUUGCCCUUUUCAUCCCGUGGGCCAAUAAAUACGGUGCCAUUCUGGGCAUGUUGUGUGGCCACGCUCUCUCAUUGUGGAUCACCUACGGAUCGCUCGGUCUGACCGCCAAACCACCAUAUCUGCCGCUCUCCGAUCAAGACUGUUCCGACGAACUCUGGUUCGAAUCUUCCUUCGGCGACAACAAAACUCUGAGCAGCCACUUCCCGGGCGCCAAGUACUCCUACACGCCCGCCACACCCGUUCAAACUGAUCUUGACUGGCCAGAGAAGCUUUUCACCGUCUCGUAUCUUUACUACGGAACCAUAUCCUGUUUUGUUACUGUGAUAAUAGGAUUUGUGAUCAGCACACUUACAGCUUUUUGCGUUGAUGAAACUCCUGAUGUCUCUCUACUGCACCCCCUGGUCCAGCGAUUUGUGGUUUCUGAUGAGGAGAGGAAGGAGAAAAGCAACUACGGAAUCAAGCCCAAGUUUGAUGGACCCAAGGAUGCAAAGUGCAAAUGUUCCUCUUACACUCUAUCCUCAGAACUUUAGGGAAGGGUUAUUUAUUUCUGGACUUGUACAAUUUGGUAUUUAAUUUGUAAAAAUGAUUUAUUAUUUAAUUUUCAAGUUUUUUCUCUAACGUGAACUGUAUAUAGUUUUAUAAUAAAAUGAGACUUAAUUAUAAAAUAUUUUUUUCC